AUGGACUUCGCUUCACAGGGGGGCCGGUGCCACGGGGAACUCGUUCUGGGUUAUGGAGGGCAGCCGAUAUAUUGCGUCCGCUCCAUAUGUGAGGCGAGUUCUGCGUCAAGUCACCGGUGCUGCUGCCCCCAGGUUCAAGCGCCGGAAGAAACCGCGCCCCCGUCGGCCGCACCCGCUGAAUCUCCGGAGCCCGAGGGGGCCCCGCUUGAAGAGCCGGAAGAAACCGCGCCCCCGUCGCCCGCACCCGCUGAGACUCCGGAGCCCGAGGGCGCCCCGUUUGAAGAGCCGGAAGAAACCACGGCCCCGUCGCCCGCACCCGUUGAGUCUCCGGAGCCCGAGGGCGCCCCGCUUGAAGAGCCGGAAGAAACGACGACCCCGUCGCCCGCACCCGCUGAGACUCCGGAGCCCGAGGGCGCCCCGUUUGAAGAGCCGGAAGAAACCACGGCCCCGUCGCCCGCACCCGUUGAGACUCCGGAGCCCGAGGGCGCCCCGUUUGAAGAGCCGGAAGAAACGACGACGCCGUCGCCCGCACCCGCUGAGACUCCGGAGCCCGAGGCCGCCCCGCUUGAAGAGCCGGAAGAAACGACGACGCCGUCGCCCGCACCCGCUGAGACUCCGAAGCCCGAGGCCGCCCCGCUUGAAGAGCCGGAAGAAACGACGACCCCGUCGCCCGCACCCGCUGAGACUCCGGAGCCCGAGGCCGCCCCGCUUGAAGAGCCGGAAGAAACGACGACCCCGUCGCCCGCACCCGCUGAGACUCCGGAGCCCGAGGGCGCCCCGCUUGAAGAGCCGGAAGAAACGACGACCCCGUCGCCCGCACCCGCUGAGACUCCGGAGCCCGAGGGCGCCCCGCUUGAAGAGCCGGAAGAAACGACGACCCCGUCGCCCGCACCCGCUGAGACUCCGGAGCCCGAGGGCGCCCCGUUUGAAGAGCCGGAAGAAACGACGACGCCGUCGCCCGCACCCGCUGAGACUCCGGAGCCCGAGGCCGCCCCGCUUGAAGAGCCGGAAGAAACGACGACCCCGUCGCCCGCACCCGCUGAGACUCCGGAGCCCGAGGGCGCCCCGUUUGAAGAGCCGGAAGAAACCACGGCCCCGUCGCCCGCACCCGUUGAGACUCCGGAGCCCGAGGGCGCCCCGUUUGAAGAGCCGGAAGAAACGACGACGCCGUCGCCCGCACCCGCUGAGACUCCGGAGCCCGAGGCCGCCCCGCUUGAAGAGCCGGAAGAAACGACGACCCCGUCGCCCGCACCCGCUGAGACUCCGGAGCCCGAGGGCGCCCCGCUUGAAGAGCCGGAAGAAACCACGGCCCCGUCGCCCGCACCCGUUGAGUCUCCGGAGCCCGAGGGCGCCCCGUUUGAAGAGCCGGAAGAAACCACGGCCCCGUCGCCCGCACCCGUUGAGACUCCGGAGCCCGAGGGCGCCCCGUUUGAAGAGCCGGAAGAAACGACGACCCCGUCGCCCGCACCCGCUGAGACUCCGGAGCCCGAGGCCGCCCCGCUUGAAGAGCCGGAAGAAACGACGACCCCGUCGCCCGCACCCGCUGACACUCCGGAGCCCGAGGCCGCCCCGCUUGAAGAGCCGGAAGAAACGACGACCCCGUCGCCCGCACCCGUUGAGUCUCCGGAGCCCGAGGGCGCCCCCCUUGAAGACUCCGAAACAGAUGGCUGA